ACAGUUUAGAGGGUGUGGCACGCUAGCUGGUGAACUAAAGCUACUUUUUCCGGGAUUCCCUUAAAUAAAGGCGUCAAAGAAGGGAAGAGAUGAGCUCUACCGAAGACAAGCUCUACAGUCGACUCAACACUCGCGGUCGAAAGAGCUUCAGACCCACAGAGCGCGCCCAGCUCGCCGAGAAGUUUCCCGAGUUCGCUACGGUCGGGUUACCGGCGCACAAGGCGGCACUGGACGGAAAUGUGGAGGCGCUGAGGGAGAUCUACGCAGCCUUUACCGAGGAUGGCGUCCCGUCACGAGACGUCAACGGAGCGACCCCGCUUCACCUCGCCGUGCGCGGAAACCGCAUGGAGGCGGUCAAGUGGUUGCUGAGGUUCACGGAUCUCUCUCCCACCAUAAGCGCCAAACACGGGGAAAGUCCGUGCCACGUGGCUGCCGCCCUGGGAAACACAGAGUGUCUCAAGGCUAUGCUGGCAACUGAUGCAAAGGAAGAUAUAUGUGUGGCCAGUGAUAAUUCAGGUAUGUAGCUAAUGCUAAAAGUUUCAAAUACUGAGGUAAAUUGAUGGGUGUGGCACUAACGGACUGUUUAUGAAAACUGUGUGAAUUCUGUGAGAUGAGUAUAUACUACUAUGAAUAUUUCAUGUAUACCAAUCAUUUAUAUACCAUAAUAUGAAUAUAGCUAGGGGGAAAAACUAGACCUCCAAUUGCACUCCAUUGCAUUCGCACUAAAGCAAAACGUGUAUUCCAUUACAGAAAGAGGAACCUCUACAUAAUCUCUGGAGAACACUAUUUUUAUGCCCCCAUUCCACAUUCCACCUCUGAAUAAAGUUUUUGUCUCUCUAAGAUGUCCUUUAUUUAUAGGUUCCACUGUUCCUUUUUACAAUACGAUUUAUUUAC